AUGGGAGAGUGCCCCGUUGCUCACAACAUCGACCCCAAGCGCGUCCCCGCCGCCGGUGGCGGUACCAAGAACAGCGACUGGUGGCCCAACGCCCUCCGUCUCAACAUCCUCCGUCAGCACCAGGCAAAUUCGGAUCCCUUCAAGGCCGACUUUGACUAUGCUGCCGCCUUCCAGAGCAUCGACUACGAUGCGCUCAAGAAGGACCUCACCGCCCUCAUGACCGACUCGCAGGACUUCUGGCCCGCCGACUUCGGUCACUACGGUGGUUUCUUCAUCCGUCUCGCAUGGCACGCCGCCGGUACCUACCGUGUCCAGGACGGCCGCGGUGGUGGAGGAGAGGGCCAGCAGCGUUUCGCUCCCCUCAACUCGUGGCCAGACAACGGCAACCUCGACAAGGGCCGUCGUCUCCUCUGGCCCAUCAAGCAGAAGUACGGUAACAAGAUCUCCUGGGCCGACCUCUUCCUCCUCAGCGGUAACGUCGCCCUCGAGUCGAUGGGCUUCAAGACCUUCGGUUUCGCCGGCGGUCGCCCCGACACCUGGGAGGCCGACGAGUCCACUUACUGGGGUGGCGAGACCACCUGGCUCGGCAAUGACGUGCGCUACGAAGAGGGCAACAAGGGCGGCAACCCCAAGGAUCUCAAGAACCGCAACCUCGAAGGCCAGCUCGCCGCUUCCCACAUGGGUCUCAUCUACGUCAAUCCCGAGGGCCCUAACGGCGAGCCAGACCCGGUCGCCGCCGCCAACGACAUCCGCACCACCUUCGGCCGCAUGGCCAUGAACGACGAGGAGACCGUCGCCCUCAUCGCCGGUGGCCACACCUUCGGCAAGACCCACGGUGCCGGCAACCCCGACCUCGUCGGCCCCGAGCCCAACGGCGCUGACAUCGAGAACCAGGGUCUCGGCUGGAUCAGCAAGCACGGCUCCGGCAAGGCCGGCGAUGCCAUCACCUCCGGUCUCGAGGUCAUCUGGACCAGCAAGCCCACCCAGUGGUCCAACCUCUACCUCGAGUACCUCUACAAGUUCGAGUGGGAGCUUGAGAAGUCGCCCGCUGGCGCCAACCAGUGGGUCGCCAAGAACUCCGACGCCAUCAUCCCCGACCCCUUCGACCCGUCCAAGAAGCGUCGCCCCACCAUGCUCACCACCGAUCUGUCGCUGCGCUACGACCCCGCCUACGACAAGAUCUCGCGCCGCUUCCUCGAGAACCCCGACCAGUUUGCCGACGCCUUUGCCCGCGCGUGGUUCAAGCUGCUCCACCGUGACAUGGGCCCCCGCGCCCGCUGGCUCGGUCCCGAGGUCCCCAAGGAGACGCUCAUCUGGGAGGACCCCGUGCCCCCUGUCAACCACCCUCUCGUCGACGAUCGCGAUCUCUCGGGCCUGAAGCAGGCCAUCCUCGGCACCGGUGUCGACCCAUCCAAGUUCCUCCUCACCGCCUGGUCGUCUGCCUCGAGCUACCGUGACUCGGACAAGCGUGGUGGUGCCAACGGCGCCCGUAUCCGUCUGGCGCCCAUGAAGGACUGGAAGGUCAACAACCCCGCCGUCCUCAACGAGGUGCUCCGCGCCCUCGAGGGUGUCCAGCAGCAGUUCAACUCGGCCAACCAGGGUGGCAAGCAGAUUUCGAUCGCCGACCUCAUUGUGCUCGCCGGCAACGCCGCGCUUGAGAAGGCGUCGGGUCUUCCCGUCCCCUUCACCCCUGGUCGUACCGACGCCUCGCAGGAGGAGACCGAGGAGGACACCUUCAAGUGGCUCGAGCCUACCGCCGAUGGCUUCCGCAACUACGGCGGCUCGACCGAGCGCGUGCGUUCGGAGCAGUACCUGGUCGACCGCGCCAACCUGCUCACGCUUUCGCCUCCCGAGCUCACCGUGCUCAUUGGUGGUCUGCGUGUGCUCGGCCUCAACUACGACGGCUCGUCGCACGGUGUCUUCACGCACCGCCGUGGCCAGCUGACCAACGACUUCUUUGUCAACCUGCUCGACAUGAGCACCGAGUGGAAGGCUGCCGACGGUGGCAAGGGCGAGGUCUUUGACGGUCUCGACCGCAAGUCGGGCCAGAAGAAGUGGAGCGCCACGCGCGCCGACCUCAUCUUUGGCUCGCAGGCCGAGCUGCGUGCGCUCGCCGAGAACUACGCCCAGGCCGACAACGCCGACAAGUUCAGCAAGGACUUUGUCCAGGCUUGGAACAAGGUCAUGAACCUCGACCGCUACGACGUCAAGAAGAGCAACAUUGCCCGCGCCAAGUUCUGA